AUGGAAAAGAACAUCUGCUAUCGACAACGAGGGAAGAAAGAAGUUGUAUACGACGAUUGCGUGCCAGAGGACUCUUUGUCCAAAGAUGACUUGCACUUCGAGGAGGGCCUGAACGUAGACUACGGCCUGCUGCUCAGAGCAGUGCGAGCCUGUGCUAAACGUCCUUCGAAGCCGCGCGCAACAUACUUGGAUAUAAUUUCGAAGACCAUCGAGAAAGGACUUUGA